AUGGCCAAUACUCAUCACCACCUCCCCAACCCUCCUUGGCACAGGGAGUGGUCCCCUUUCCUGGGGGAUUUUCUGACUGUGUUACAGAGGUUGGAUUCGGCCAUCCCGGACGAUCUGGAUGGCAACAUCAACAAGAAGAGGAAGGAGGUCCGAGUUCUGCAGGAAAUGCAGCUGCUCCACGUGGCUGCCAUGAAUUACAGGCUUCGGCCUCUUGAGAAAUUUGUCACCUAUUUCAAAAGAAUGGAGCAGCUCAGUGACAAGGAGAGCUACAAGCUUUCCUGCCAGCUGGAGCCCAAAUCCCAGUAGGCCAGCAACAUCCUGCAGUGGCUGGGACCCCACCGGGAUGUUGGCCAGAACACCGGCUCUGCCCCGUCCUUCCAGACCGGGGACACCAAGGAACCACAUCUAGGAGGCUGGCAGCUCAGCUGCAUCCGGCCCCUGCUCCUUAACACAAGCUGCUCCUGCUGGCCAGGAAAUGGCCAUGGGUCUUUUGCGAGUCAGGCGGGAGACCAUUUUAUGUUUACUUUCUUUACUGUAUAAGGUUUUUUUUCUAAGCUUUCAUUAAAAUAAAAUUUUAAAAUGCUA